AUGUCGCGUGAGGUUGUUGAACUCGCCUUGGCUAGUAGCUUCCUAGAAUGCACAGUAGUCCUCUACAAUGUACGCAAGAACAGGCAGGCUCACGUUUUAAACGCCUCACGUAAGAGUGUCACGUGUGUUGCCUUUUCACCCGAUGGACGAUACCUGGCGACGGGAGAAUGCGGCCAUGCACCAGCAGUCCGAGUUUGGGACCUACAGGAUCCCAUGGCGUCGGGUGCGGUACAAAUAGCUGAAUUUCCGGGUCACACGCAUGGAGUCAACUGUGUUGCAUUCUCAACGUCUUCCAAGUACCUGGUAUCAGUUGGUUCGCAGCAUGACAUGAUAGUGAAUGUUUGGGAUUGGAGAGCGAACCUCAAAUUAGCUAGCAAUAAGGUGUCAUCACGCGUGAAGGCGGUCAGUUUCUCAGAACAAGGGAAUUAUUUCGUGACAGUUGGCUUCAGACAUGUCAAAUUUUGGUUCCUCGAGUACUCAAGGAGUGCUAAGUUCAAAGAACCAGUUCCUCUCAUGGGUCGGUCUGCCAUACUCGGAGAACAGAAGGACAAUGAGUUUUGUGACGUGGUUUGUGGGAGGGGAGAAGCGGCAGAUAGCACAUAUGCCAUUACGAGAAGCGGUCUACUAUGUGAAUUUAAUAGCCGGAGACUGCUUGACAAAUGGGUGGAAUUGAGGACAACGAGUGCAAACUGUAUGGCGAUAGGAGCGAAUUAUAUAUUUGUUGGAUGUGCGGAAGGCAUUGUGAGGUGUUUUGCCCCGGAUUCCCUAAAAUACGUCACAACUUUACCCCGGACACAUUACUUAGGGGUAGAUGUAUCACAGGGUGUUAAUAUUAACCAUAUGUUCAGUCAGCCAGCAAACGCAAAGUAUCCCGACGCAGUAGCGUUGACAUAUGAUGAGAGGAACCACAAACUAACAUGUGUGUACAACGACCACAGUUUAUAUGUAUGGGAUGUACGGGAUAUUAAAAGGGUCGGCAAAUCCCACUCAGCACUAUACCACUCGGCAUGCAUUUGGGGUGUAGACAUGGUGGGGAUGGGAGGUCCCUUACCUCCAGGGACAUUCCUGACGUGUUCCAGCGAUGACACAGUGAGACUAUGGCAUUUGAAACCGGAACCACCGAAUAUUUAUAGUAAUGAAUUAAACAAAGUAUUAUAUAUAGACCCAGAAUUGAAGUUCCUCAAGGAUGUAGAUCUCACGGCCACCAGCGAUCGAGAUAAAUCAAAGACCUAUGAUGAUAAGAUUGGAGUCAGAUGCGUACGAGUAUCCCCUUGCGGGCGUCACAUAGCAGCAGGAGACAGGGCUGGCAACAUUUGGAUCCAUAAUGUGAAUGGAAAUGGAACGCCGGCGCAUACAUUAGAGGCGCAUGACGCUGAAGUCCUGUGUCUGGAGUACUCCGAACGACCAAGAUUGCUGGCUUCGGCCUCGCGGGAUCGGCUUAUACAUGUUUUCUUAGUUGAUAAGGGCUACCAAAUCCUCCAAACCUUAGACGAACACUCCUCUUCAAUAACAGCAGUACGCUUUCUUAGUUCUGGCGGUGGCCUGCAGAUGGCGUCUUGUGGCGCGGAUAAGACCAUCCUGUUUAGACAAUUGAGUACGAUGCCGGAUGGCAGUUACCAAUUCGCUCGUGGUCAAAACGUAUCAGGCCGCACUACUUUGUACGACAUGGAAGUGGACGCUGGAGGAAGGCAUAUACUCACUGCUUGUCAGGAUCGUAAUGUCAGAGUAUACAGCGCGUCUCACGGACGUCAUACGAAAACAUUCAGAGGCACAACCGCGGAAGACGGCACAUUGAUCAAGGUGGCAUUGGACAGUAGCGGUAUCUAUCUUGCAACGUCUAGUACGGAUAAAAUACUCAGUGUGUACGAUUACUACUCAGGCGAAUGUAUGGCUACUAUGUAUGGACACUCGGAGAUUGUUACGGGUCUUAGAUUUACCCCCGACUGCCAGCACUUAAUAUCGGCGAGUGGGGACGGAUGUAUAUUCGUAUGGCGAGUUCCACAUGACAUGGUUGUCACUAUGCGGGCGAGGUUGGCGCAACAGGCAAUUCGACAGGGCAGAAAAGCGCCAUCUAACGGUAUGUCAGGUUUGGAAAGCGAAACCGACUCCCACUUGGGUUCACCGCCCAGGGAACUGACCGCUGACGAUAAAUUUGCUGCACCCGUUGUACCCGACUAUACGUUAAGAAUAGGUCGCUUACCUUCAUGGGCCAAGAAAAGCCUAGGAAAUGAGCUAACAGCACCGGAAACGCCCCCAGAGCCACCUGCGAGAGGAAAAUGGGCUACUCGAAUACUACCCGCUAAUGAAAAACGAGGUGAUUCCGACGGUUCUAAGGAUAGUUCGCUAGAUAGCGGUACGGACACACGGUAUAUUGAGAAAAGAAGGGAACAGGGGGUAAAACAGAGGCCGAAAUCGCUCAACUUGUCGCAACUUCCCCGUGUUGAAGCUUUGUUCAGGAAUUUUGACCGUAACAUGAGAGCUACUUACGAUAUUUUGACGAUAUCUCCAAAAGCAGAGAAGGUAACGAUUAAUUUAACUAAAACAAGAACACAAGAGUCUCGAGUGCGACACCACACUGACGACUCGUCGCUCGGCAGUCUUAAGUUUGAGGAUCAAGAAUCAACAGAACACGAUGGUGAUGUUGAGGAUAUUUCUGAUGGAGAGAGGACAUCUUCAUCAGAGAGAGGAAAUAGACCCACCUACUACCCGGGGAACAAUGAUACUGAGACUCCUAGUGAAUUUAUGGUGACCGCAAUGGAUGAAACCGAGCUAAGGCAUUCAAUGCGUCGCUCAAAGCGUUGGACAGGGGAAACACCAAGACUGGACUUGCCUCCUGCUGCUUCUCUGAGUGGAUCGCCACACGACUCUGAUGAUGAUGAGGUGUCAACGCCAUCUGGUGAUAAUGCGGAUCGUAAUCCACUUUCCGGUUCUUGUGAGUCCAUAGACACGGCCGGGAGAAGAGAGAAGUAUAUUAAAUCUGCGUUUGACAGUUUGAGUGGAGUGGACAUGGAUAAUGGCAACGCUGCGAACACGGGUCACAAUUCAUUAUCAGCGAAACACUUAUCCCGCGGACCGACACUUAGACCGGACCCUGAAGCCAUCAGAAAUAGAGAAGAAUUGCAGAGAAGGAUACAAGAGACUAGAAGGCAGUUGGAUAGUCUGGCGUACCGGUCAAAUCUGAAGUCGAGUCAGUCGACAACAGAUCUAUCGUAUAUUCCUGAAAAAGACGGCUCCAAUAGGAAUAGAUUAUCUAUUGGAUCACCCAGUAACUCUAGGAAUUACGGAUUCCAAAUACCUACUUUCCCGGAGGAAAACUUUGAUAGUCUUUCUAGCAAUUUCUUUGAUAGCCUUAACUAUCAAAAUCUUGAUUAUCGAAACAAAAACCCUUACGCCAUUCCUGCGAAUUUAAACCAUAAAAUAAUACCUGAAUAUUAUCAAAAUCCUCCGGUUAUCCCACCUAGAGUAAGAGCGGACAAACACAAUCAACAAAUAAGUAAUUCACAUUACAAAGAAAAUACACAAAAUCAAGCUUUUACAGUAGAUGUGAAGAUAACAAACUCUAAAGUAUUUAAUAGAUUAUUUUCAACAAAAGAAGAUCCGCCAAAAAUACCUCCGAGAAAUUUCCACUUAAACCUUACCGAUAAACCUCAACCAAAAACUCCGAAGCCAAAUGCACGAAGCAUUUUUAAAAACUAUAAAUCAUGCCCAGUUUCACCCGUUUCUGAAGAAUGUAAGUGGGCUGAUAAAGUGCCCCCCGCUCAAAAUAAUGAUAAGCUGAAAUUUAAUGCUGCAGAGGCUAAAAAACGUUAUUCUCUUAGUUUCUUCGUUGGGGCUGAUAAAAUGAAGGCAGGAAAAAGCAUUGUUAAUACAAUAAAAAGUGACACGGAGAAAAUGAUAGCAGAAAUUACAAAGAAAUAUGGAGAUUUAGACGCAUUUGAACCGAAUGCACAAGAUGACCUAGAUUUACAACCCACUAAAGAGGAAAAGGAUGAUGGUAAUUUCUCAUCCGAUUCCUUAGAAGACUGUAGCUUAAGCCAAGAUGUCAGUUGCAAAAAUAAGUUGUAUUCUAAGAAAAUUUGCAAGAAGCACAACAAACAAAACGCGAGGAACAUACCGAGGAGGGCGGUAUCAAAUUACGAAAUAUAUGGGACUUACGAAAAGCCUAAAGUUCCAACUAAACCAUGUAUUGAACACAAAAGUUCAACGUUACCUAGAAACAUGCCAUCAAAUUUGGAUGAUAUUAUGGACGAGGACGUCACUAAGAUAUUUGCUAUGCACAGAUGUCAAAGUGUACUCACUAAAAGGUGUAUAACCAGAUCAAAUGAGUCCGUUUUAAGUGAUAAUUCUAACUGUUCUAGCGUUUCUAAUGAAAUCUUUUUAAAAUACGGUAAUGAAGUUGCGUUUCAACAAGGGAGGCUUACUGAUAGUCGUUAUAAUUUAAACUCCCAAAAUUGUUCUUUUGAAAAUAUUCAUGAGCCCGAUGGGAAAUAUUUAGAGGCGCAUAGACACAGUAGUGCCAGUUUCUUUUUAAACCAAAAGAAGUAUAUGAAAAAUAGUUGCAGCCAAGAAUCAAUUCUGUCUGAUGAGUUUCUUGACAAUGAUCACAUGACGUCUCGUACUAAUUGUAAUUCUUUAGAGAGCGUUUUAUCCGAUGACUCUGAAUGUACGAAAAGUGCGCCACUGGAAAUGCUUUUUGAAGGUAAGAAAACGCGUAGCAAAUUCCCUAAUAGCCAAAGCUGUUAUGAAUUUGACAAUAGUUCCAAGAGUUAUGGAUCUAGUCCUAAUAAGGUGCCCUGUUUAACUGGGUAUAUGUAUAAUAAUUAUUUCGAAACUCCGGGAGUGGAGUACCACGAACCUACUCCUAUAGUUGUGCAAAGGCCGCCCAUUCAUAAGGUGUAUGGAUUUGAGGUACCAACUUCUGAAUUUUCUGGACACAAGACUGUGACAAGAUCAAAAAGUUUAUACGACUCUGCAUCAAAACAUCCACCCCGGCCUCCUAGGAAUAUUGCAUACUAUUUUGAUGGUAGCGAUAUUAGACAGUAUUCUGAGGAAAAAAAAGGAAUCGAUGAUAUACCUAGAUUAAAAAAUACUGAUUAUAUGGCAAGUACAAGCAAGUCAUUGCAACCCAAAUUCGCUGAAAAACAAAAAUAUAAGAACGAAAUGGAAGGAUGUGAACCAAACACAAUGGUAAAAUCUAAGAGUUGUAGUUUUGAAGUUGUUUUAGAACCUGCAUCCAAGCCAAAUCCACUUAAAAAUCUCAUGGAGAAACGAAAUUCGCACGUUCAAAAGAACUUGGAAAAGUUUGAAGAUCAAAUACGAAAAAAUACUCAAAGCAAAGGAAAUAAAAAUCAACAGAAUAAGGAGAAAGUCAAUAUAUCCAAAUAUAAUAAAACCACAAAAAGUCUUGAAAGAGAUUCUAGUCAAAAAAAUAAUAAUAACAAUAAUAAAAUUACUAUGGAGUUCGUACCACAUAAACCGCCAAAACCAUUAAAACGAACUUCUUCUACUAAGCUUAAUAACAGACUUAAAGGUAACUUAGAAAAGUCUGGUUUAAGUUCAUCUAUAUCCUCGCAAUACAAGGCAAAGCUUGAUGGUUUACAGAAUAAAAAUUAUAUAACAAAUAAAAAAAUGGAAGACAAAAAUUCAAAUACAUUAGAACCAGAAGGCACUGAAAAAACCUUUGAUAUAUUCGUUAAAGAAAAAGAAAUAAAUGAUAAUAAAUGUGAAAUGCAGAUGGACAGCUUAGAAGUAUAUGCAAUGCAGAAGUUAGAAAAGAAAAAGCAAAUGAGCCUGGAUUCUUUAGACGUUAGUGAUGAUAAUCAUGAUUUUGCUAAAGAUUCGCUAGACUACUACGCAGAACAAGAUAAUAGAUUCUUCAAUAAAUCUCGAAAAGAAUCCAAUCUUAACAUAAAUAAGAAAGGCUAUAAUGAAACAUCUUCCUCUAAAAUCAAUCAAAAUGACUCGAAAGAAAACAUCGCACCUGAAAGCGAGGAAGUCAAAAAAUAUAAGUAUAUUGAACGCAAAUUGGAAAUUAUAAAUAAAUUAGUUGAAAUGGAAGAAAGAAAAAUACUACAAGAAAAGAUUUUGAAGGAAUUCCGUAUGAAACCUUUAGAAACUAAUAUUAACGACGGUAAAGGUGUUGUGAAAGUUUUGUCGCAGAAGUUCGAAAAAUUAGCAACGAAACAGACUACUGUACCUAAUUUUGCGUCCCUCACUCUAGACGAAGUUGAAGAUCGGGAAAAUCUAGAAGGGAAAGAAAUCAAACGCAAUUUAAGCCUUCCGGACAUACUUGAUACAGAACAAAUUGGCUUGACAGUAAUUGGUUGUGGCGAAACAUCUAACGAUAGCCCUAAUAUCGAGUCCGAACAAUUAAAUAAUACAAUACAAAGCGAACCAAAACCGCUUAAAACAUUGCCCCAAAGAGUGUAUAACGAAAUGGUAUUCCCAAAAACAGACGUACAUUUAGAUAGUGAAAACUACGAAUCGUCUACAACUAGUUCAAGUUGUACGAAUUCACCGAAACGUAUGACCUUUUAUGGGUUUAAUCGUCCGAAAACUCCCUUUCGAAAAAUGAUUCGGCAACCAGCACCCAGGUUAUAUAUGGACAAUCAGGCUCGAAUGCGCCCCCCCUUUUCGGGGAAUGCCGUAAGGGGUUUAGCUAAAAAGUGUCCAAUAGUACCCGUGCUGCCUUCGAAAUUCUCACCAGCGCGCACACAUCUUACGCCGGAAGCGAGCGAGACAGGUAUGCGUCGUGCUAUCUCACUCUCGGACCUCGCGGCCAAGCCAGUGCCGGCUCCCAGGACGCCGCAAGGUCCUUCAAAACCUGUGCCAUCAAAUGUAAACACCAGCAAAUCGCCCAGCGGCUUCGUCCGCCCUGCACCUCGAUACACAAAAUCUAAUAUGACUAGGAGUAGCAGCGUUGGGGUAUUGAACCAGAGUGACUCGGAAUCGGACCCUCAGCCGACUCGACAACCCAGAGUCGGUGGUCUUAUGAGACCAACGAUCAGUUCUAUGAACAAACAAGCACCUACAACCGCUAGGAGGCGUGGACUAUCUAAUGCGUAUAGUACAGCGAACGUCGCUCGCUCAGAAUCAAGUUCUGAGGCUGAAGAACGGACUGAAGCAAGACCAAGGGCCGCCUCAGUGGACAGGGCGUCUAGGAGACUGGGGGCCGGUCGCAGUGGUAGCGAGCGUGAUUUAUCAGCGAAGGCUCGAGAGGUGACGAAUCGGCUCACCUCUAACUCACGACAGAGGCCCAAGCAAGAGACUACUGAAAAUAAUGUGUCAUCAUCUCAGCUAUGUUCGGCUCUCACGGAACAGCUAACUAAGACGGCGAGUAAAGUCGUUCAGUUAUAUCGCACACUGCAGAGGGAACCAAACGCCGCAGCUGAUAUCAGUGGACUCGAAGCUGCAAUCCUCGAGACACAGAAAGUCCUGCGCGGCGCUGUUCAAGGGGAACCGGACAAUAACCGACAAAGGAUUGACAAUCUUCUUUCAAAAGAAGGCGCUGCAACUGGCAACCCAGCAAUGACUCUCAUAGAGCAAUACUCGGAUAUCUUGCUCAACAUGAUGCAGAGUAAAAUGGUGAACCAGUUCUCACAGAGUCCACAAAGUCUACCCCCCACCCCAAGAGAACCGGGUGGGGAAAGCUAG